AGGAAGUCCACUCUUUGCCAGUGACAACGACGACGAUGAUACUCAGACCCAUUGCUACCCAUCUCCAUCUCCAACGACCUCAAUACCCAAACGAGAAAACCCAGUCCAAUAGACACCAAGAGCACCAUCGUCGACCUCUCGCUGCAGCCUUCUGCUCUCUCCGCAGACCAAUCCCUCCCCCCUUCUACUCUACUUGCGACGAUGUGUCACUCCAACAACUGGUCCAUCAGUUCAACCCUAAAGUUCCCAUAGAAGAGGCCGUCACUCCGCCCAGCUCAUGGUACACCGACCCUUCCUUUUUCGACCUUGAACUUCACCGCGUCUUCUACCGGGGCUGGCAGGCCGUAGGAUAUAUUCAACAGAUAAAAGAUCCUCGUGACUUUUUCACUGGCAGAUUGGGGAAUGUAGAGUUUGUGGUUUGUCGAGAUGAUGAUGGGAAGAUUCAUGCUUUUCAUAAUGUCUGUCGCCAUCAUGCCUCUCUGCUUGCAUCAGGAAGCGGGCAGAAGUCUUGCUUUGUGUGCCCUUAUCAUGCAUGGACAUAUGGAUUGGAUGGACAGCUUGUUAAGGCAACUAGGAUAACAGGAAUACAGAAUUUCAAUGUAAAUGAGUUUGGGCUUAUACCAAUAAAAGUAGCUACUUGGGGGCCAUUCGUUCUUCUCAACUUGGACAACGAGAUAUUUCCUCCAGGGGAAGCUGAUAGUCAUAUAGUGGCCAGUGAAUGGCUUGGUAGCUGCUCAAAUAUACUGAGUACCAACGGAGUUGAUUCUUCCCUAAGUUAUGUUUGUAGACGUGAAUACACUAUUGAAUGCAACUGGAAGGUGUUUUGUGACAACUAUUUAGAUGGUGGAUAUCAUGUACCAUAUGCACAUAAAGGCCUAGCAUUUGGUCUUCAGCUUCAAUCCUACUCCACCACAAUUUUUGAAAAGGUUAGCAUCCAAAGUUGUGAAGGUGGCUCAAUGAAGAGUGAUAGACUUGGAUCAAAGGCUCUAUAUGCUUUCAUUUAUCCAAACUUCAUGAUCAAUAGGUAUGGACCUUGGAUGGACACCAAUCUAGUUCUCCCACUUGGACCCAAGAAAUGUCAAGUGGUAUUCGAUUACUUUAUUGAAGCUUCUCUUAAGGAUGAUAAAGAUUUUAUAGAGAGCAGUUUAGAAGACAGUGAAAGAGUUCAGAUGGAAGAUAUUGUGCUAUGCGAAGGUGUUCAAAAGGGCCUUGAAUCACCUGCCUAUUCUAUUGGCAGAUAUGCUCCUACUGUUGAGAAGGCCAUGCACCAUUUCCACAUUCUGCUUCAUCAAAACCUAACAAAUGAUUGUGUUGUUGAUUAAUGCUACGUACCACAAACAUAUCCCACAAAAUUAACGGGGCAAGGUGAAGUAACCAUUAGAAUUUUUAUUCAAAGGCUAUUAGAUCCUAACAUUUUGUGAGAUAUUUGUAAAAUGUAGCAUUACUCGUAAGCUUCUAGUUACACGCAAGAGUCCGGACCUUUUGGGGCAAAAUGUCCGGGUUUAUAUUCUAGUUCCUCCAAGAAACCGCCAUUUUAAAAUAAAUGAAAAACUUUUUUUCUUUAAUGGUACUACAUGGACCUGAAUUCUCUGUACACAAAUAGAAAAGGAAAUGGGAGGGGAGCAAUAAUGGUAAAGAUUUUCGAGAGAGGGAGGGACAUGUCAUUUACAACCAAAACAAUUCAACACCAUCACCACAUUCCAAAACAAGUCGUGAGAAGUAUAACAUCAUUCUAAAACAAAACAUUAGGGAAAAAAGAAGAA